GAACCCCCCAAAAAUUACGACUUGACAGGUGGGUCAUCUUGGUAUAAGCUACUGUUUUGGAAUAUACAAUGUUUUAUAUUUAAUUCAAAAUUUAUUUGUUUUAAUAAUGUAUUAAUUUCACUGAAGAACUUUAGCUACCAUAGGCUCUAAAGAGAAAUUAAAGUGGUGUUAAAUUUACUCUGGGUAAAAAUUGACCGCACUCCGUUCAGAACAGCCAUCAAUAAGAAAGUAGUCACGUUUUUGUUAAUUGUGAAGUAAAAGGUGUAGUAGGUUACACCAGCCAUGGAGAGCAAGCUGACAGGUGCAGAGAUUCGAAAACUGUUUGUGGAUUUCUUCAAGGAAAAAGAACAUUCUUAUGUUCAUUCAUCAUCAGUUGUCCCCCUUGAUGAUCCCACUCUUCUUUUUACCAAUGCAGGAAUGAACCAGUUCAAGCCCAUAUUUUUGGAGAUAGUUGAUCCCAAUAGUGACAUGGCAAAGUAUGUGAGAGCUGCUAAUUCCCAGAAAUGUAUCCGAGCAGGAGGAAAACACAACGAUCUGGACGACGUGGGGAAGGAUGUCUACCAUCACACGUUCUUUGAAAUGUUGGGAAAUUGGUCAUUUGGAGAUUACUUCAAGACUGAAUGCUGUGCAUGGGCAUGGGAGUUUCUGACUAAGAGGGUUGGCCUCCCUAAAGAACGCCUCUAUGUUACAUACUUUGGGGGGAAUGAAAAGUUUGGACUAAAACCAGAUGAAGAAACAAAGUCCAUUUGGAUCAACUUAGGGGUCUCUCCAGAGCGAGUGCUGCCAUUUGGAAUGAAGGACAACUUCUGGGAAAUGGGAGAGACAGGACCCUGUGGCCCCUGUACAGAGAUUCAUUAUGACAAGGUCGGAGAUCGUGAUGCUAAAGCCCUUGUUAAUAUGGAUGACCCCGAGGUCAUUGAAAUCUGGAAUCUUGUGUUCAUUCAGUUCAACAGAGAAUCGGAGACAGAAUUGAAUGAGUUGCCAAGGAAACACUGUGACUGUGGAAUGGGGCUUGAACGCCUCGUUUGUGUAAUGCAGGGGAAAACUUCCAACUACGAUACAGAUCUCUUCACACCUUACUUUGACUUUAUACAAAAGGCAACAAAUUCUCCGCCUUACCAAGGGCGUGUCGGUAAAGAUGAUGUGGACAGAAUGGACAUGGCGUACAGAGUGUUGGCAGAUCAUGCUCGUACACUGACCAUUGCUUUGGCUGAUGGAGGCAGACCUGACAACAUAGGACGGGGCUAUGUGUUGAGAAGAAUUUUGAGGCGUGCUGUGAGAUAUGGAACGGAAAAGCUAAAUGCCCGUCCAGGAAUGUUUGCAUCACUUGUGGAUGUGGUAGUGAAAUCUCUGGGCGAUGCUUUCCCAGAACUUAAAAAAGACCCAGAGAUGAUCAAAGAUAUCAUCAAUGAGGAAGAAUCCCAGUUUUUGAAGACACUUACCAGAGGUCGAAGGUUAUUAGAAAGAACAAUUGGCAAACUAGGGGAGACAACCUCUCUACCAGGUGACAUUGCGUGGAGGUUAUAUGACACGUAUGGAUUUCCUGUGGACCUGACAUCUCUGAUGGCAGAGGAGAAAGGAAUGGAAGUUGACAUGCAGGCUUAUAAAGAUGCAAAAAAGAAGGCACAGGAUUUAUCCCAGGGAUCAGGUGGGACUGUCACUGACUUGAUAGGACUGGAUGUGCAUGCUAUCAGUGAUCUACAAAACAGGAACAUUCCUACCACAGAUGAUUCCCCUAAAUACAAAUACCAGGCCUCAGAGAGUGGCAGAUAUACAUUUGAACCAGCAACUGGUAAAGUGAUAGCCCUGCGUAAGAAUAAAGAGUUUGUAGAGGAAGUGUCGUCAGGGGAGGAGUGUGGUGUGUUACUGGACAGAACUAGCUUCUACGCUGAACAGGGAGGACAGAUCUACGACACCGGAUUCAUGGUCAAAGAAAAUGAUCCUGAAGUGGAGUUUAAUGUAAGAAACGUCCAGGUCAGAGCAGGGUAUGUUUUGCACAUCGGUGUAAUGGAGGGAGUUCUACGGAUUGGAGAUAUUGUACAGCUCAGUAUUGAUGAGGAAAGAAGAUGCUCAGUGAUGAAAAACCACACAGGAACUCACAUGCUGAACUUUGGACUUCGAGAAAUACUCAAGGAGGCAGACCAGAGGGGCUCACUGGUUGCUCCAGACAGGCUGAGGUUUGACUUCACUGCCAAGGGUGCCAUGAAAGUAUCAGAGGUGAAACAGGUGGAAGAGGUUGUGAAUAAAAUAGCCGACAAAAAUGGAGUGGUGUUUGACAUGAAUGUCAGUCUGGCUGUUGCUAAGGCGAUACAGGGACUACGGGCUGUGUUUGAUGAGGUAUACCCUGACCCUGUCAGAGUAUUAUCGAUAGGAACAGAUGUUAAGGACUUAGUGGAGGACCCUAUGGGGCCCGGUGCCUCUGUUACAUCAGUGGAAUUCUGUGGAGGAACGCAUUUGAAAAGAGCUGGACAUAUAGGAAAGAUGGUAAUCGUAUCUGAAGAAGCCAUUGCUAAAGGAAUCAGGAGAAUUAUUGCUCUUACUGGAUCUGAGGCACUGAAGGCAUUACAUAAGGCUGACGUUUUGGAGAAAUCACUAUCACAGUUACAGACUGAGGUAGAGGAAGGGCUGAAGACGAAAUCUGUCUCUGAAAAGGAGCUCACCCGCAAAAUAGUGUCCUUUGAUGAUGAGGUUUCUCAGUCUGUGAUAUCUUAUUGGAAGAAAGAUGAACUUAGAUCUCAUGUGAAAAAACUGAAGCAGAAAAUGGAUGAACUUGACAAGAACAGGAAAGCUGCCGUAAUGACUGAGGUGGUUGAGCAGGCAAAAAAGAUGAUUGAAGAUUGUCCAAACCAGAAAUUUGUUGUGCAUGAAUUUAAAGCAGAUGCCAAUGCAAAGGCCCUGGACGCCGCUAUGAAGCAAUACAAGGCCCUCAGUCCUGAAACUGCUGCCUUAUUUUUCACUGUGGAUCAGAAUGCUGGAAAAAUUGUAUGCAUGAGCUGUACGCCAAAGUCCAGUAUAGCUUCAGGAUUGACAGCCAAUGGAUGGAUUAGUGAGAUUGUCCCCCUCAUCAAUGGUAAAGGUGGAGGGAAAGAAGCCUCUGCUCAAGCUACCGGCACAAACACAGGCGCUCUUAAAGAGGCCAUGGACAUUGCCACCAAGUUUGCAGAACUCAAGCUCUCUUGAUGAAAGAAUCAUGGAUGUUUAAAUUCGAUACUGGGACUAUCUCAAUCAACCCACAGAAUUUCUUGCAGUAUUGGUGCAUAUGUUAUUAAACCAUUUCUAAACAAAUUUAUUUAUCAAUGUUUCUUUACUACAAUUCUAAAUUAUUGUAACACUACACAAUAUUAUGUACCAGGUAUCUUUUGCCUGAUGGUGAUGCACGGUAUUAGUAAAGGAUUAACCUGCAGACAUUUACAGCCUUCUUGUCUGAAUCAUUUCAUUGAACUUUUCAUUCGAUGAACUAUAGAUCGUUUUGCAACAAGGCAGAAUUUUUUUAUAAUACAUUUCUACAAACAUUGACCUAGAUAGGUAGAGCUUUGGAGAUCUCUGUACAUUUUGAAAGUCAAAUAAAAUUCUGUGAAAUGUGAA